AUGGCGCUGCGGGCGCUGCUGGCCGCGUGCGGGGCGCUGCUGGCCGGCGCGCGCGGCCACAGCCUCUUCACGUGCGAGCCCGUGGCCGUGGCGCGCUGCGCCGCCAUGCCCUACAACAUGACCUUCUUCCCCAACAUCAUGGGGCACUACGACCAGGACACGGCCGCGCUCCGCAUGGAGCCUUUCCUCACCCUGAUGAAUCUUCACUGCUCGCCGGACGUCCACACGUUCCUGUGCCAGGCGUUUGUGCCCGCGUGCCUGGAGCAAGCGCACGUGAUCCAGCCRUGCCGGAGCCUCUGCGAGAAGGUCUACUCGGACUGCAAGCAGCUCGUGGACACCUUCGGGAUCGCGUGGCCCGAGGAGCUGCAGUGCCACAGACUGCCCAGCUGUGACGAGGCUGCUGCCGCGACCGCUGCCGUCACCGCGGACGUGCCCGGCACGCGGAGGAGCCCGGGACAGACGCGAAGGGACUACGGGUUCUGGUGCCCGCGACACCUGCACACGUCCAAUGGGCAAGGCUACAGGUUCCUGGGAAUUGAUCGGUGUGCGCCCCCGUGCCCCAAUAUGUACUUCAAAAAUUAUGAACUGGAUGUGGCCAAGAGCUUCAUUGGGAUAGUGUCCAUUUUUUGUCUUUGCGCUACUCUCUUCACAUUCCUGACUUUCCUGAUUGACGUGAAAAGGUUCAGAUACCCAGAGAGACCCAUCAUAUAUUACUCAGUCUGUUACAGCAUAGUGUCUCUCAUGUACUUCAUUGGCUUUUUACUUGGAAAUAGAACUGCCUGUAACAAGGCAGAUGCCAAGCUAGAAGUUGGCGAGACGGUGGUUCUUGGCUCCCAAAGCAAAGCCUGCACCGUCCUCUUCAUGGUCCUGUACUUCUUCACUAUGGCAGGAACCAUCUGGUGGGUGAUCCUCACCAUCACUUGGUUCCUGGCAGCAGGAAGAAAGUGGAGUUGCGAGGCCAUUGCCCAGAAGGCCAUGUGGUUCCACGCGGUCGCCUGGGGCAUCCCUGGCUUUCUAACCAUCAUGCUGCUCGCCAUGAACAAAGUGGAGGGGGACAACAUCAGCGGCGUUUGCUUCGUGGGGCUCUACGACGUGGACGCCUCCCUGUACUUCGUGCUUUUGCCCUUGUGCCUCUGUGUUGUCGUUGGGCUCUCCCUUCUGCUGGCCGGGAUCAUCUCCCUGAACCACGUGCGGCAGGUGAUUCAGCACGACGGCAGGAACCAGGAGAAGCUCAAGAAAUUCAUGAUCCGCAUCGGCGUUUUUAGCGGCUUGUACCUGGUGCCGCUCGUGGCGCUGCUUGGGUGCUACGUCUACGAGCUGGUCAAUCGGAAAACCUGGGAGACGACGUGGGUCUCCGACCACUGUAACCAGUACCAUAUCCCUUGUCCUUACCAGGCAAAGGCAUUAGCAAGACCAGAAAUAUUUUUGUUUCUGAUGAAAUAUCUACUGACCUUAAUUGUUGGCAUUUCUCCAGUCUUUUGGGUGGGAAGUAAAAAGACCUGCUCUGAAUGGGCSAAUUUCUUCAACAGAAACCGCAAAAGAGACCCGAUCCGGGAGAGUCGCAGAGUGCUGCAGGAAUCCUGUGAGUUUUUCCUGCGGCACAAUUCCAAAGUCAAGCACAAGAAGAAGCACUACAAGUCCAGCUCGCACAAGCUCAAGGUUAUUUCUAAGUCCAUGGGCACCAGCACAGGGGCCACARCCAACCACGGAGCCUCUGCAGUGGCCAUCACUAAUCACGACUACUUAAGCCAGGAAACUGUCGCAGAACUUAAAACAUCUGCAGACUCGUCUGAGAAGGAGGUGGARGCAGAUGGAGCAUCAGCCCCAAGAGGCGCGGAGAGCCAAGACUUGUGUGGAAACCAAGCGUUGUCCAGUUCCAAACUGACUGUGGAUCAGGUGGAAAGAAGAAGCAGAGCAGAUAAUUCAUAUGAAUUGAGCAGCUUGUCUGGGAGCGUGAAGAGAAUAGGGGAGGGAAGGAUAACUCCUAAAACUGAUUUUAYUGAGUCUCCUGCAUUGCAAAGCAGCAGUUCCCUGAUACCCGGAGUCUCUCAGACUGGUUCCAUGUCGCUACUUGUCUACUCAGCCUCGGACACCAGGAAGGAGUUGGAUUCUGGAAACAGUUUAAACCCCUAAGAGAUGGACGUUUUCACAUGAACAUUUUCAGUUUCUAAAACUGAUAAGGAUUCUGCAUUACACUGGAAAUAAUGGAUAUUCUGUGCCUUAAAGAUGCAUACCAUGUUUUGCACUUAUAGAAAUGUAAGUUCUGUAGUGGGGGCAACUAGCAAUAAUGUACUGUACUUAAUCCCAUCCAGGACUAAUGGAAAAGGAAUUUCCCAUAGGACACAGCUGGAUUGAUUGGCAGUAAUUUAAAAGAGUUAAGAGAAUUAUUAUUCUCAAUAUUAGGAACACUUAAGAACUUGCAUUAAAAUAAUGCAUGGGAAGCAUGCAGUGUUACUUUUCAAAAGUUUCAUCUGCGUCUUCAAAAUUUUUAGAUCUUGAUUAAUAACCUUUUAACUCUUCUAACUAUGCCUUAAAAGUUUCUGUCACUGAGAAUUUGAGAUUGAAAGGUUUUACAAUCCUUUGCAAGGAGUGUAAAAAAAUACAAUACGUAUUUUAAAAUGCAAGUAGAAAAAUACAGUACUUUUCAAUGUAUGUAUCAGGAUAUAGCAAUUGUAGCACUGUUAUGGUAGUCUCUACACUGAAUAUGAAAGGGAAUGUGGAAUUACAGUGAUGUUUUUUGUACAUAGAAAUGAAUUAUGUAAAUAAGUGACUGCUAAAGAGGACUAUUUGGAACUCCUGUUGUGUGUGUGCUGUCCCGGCCUGGCGUGUGUGCCCAGCAGGUACCCCAAGGUCUGUGGUGUGAAACAGCGGAUCCCGUGGUACGUGAUAACGUACAGCACGGAGUGCCCACGGGUGCCGGCGUGGGCAGGCACCAGGCUGGGGCAGCACACGCAGCAGGGCUCGGCACGGGGCUUCCCGGCACCGUGGGGAGGACACGGCCGAUACCCAAGGGCUUGGGGACACAGUGGGACCGUUACCCUGUUCUGCCGAGCGCAGUGGGAGCGUCUCUGUCCUCCUUUGUUUCUAUGCAACUGGCUGGAUUUUUAAAAAAAAAAAAUCUGUGUAAAAGGAUCUUGCAUAAAAUAAUUUUUGAGUUAAUAUAUAGGCUUCUUCAACACUGUUUUUACUUAAGACCUUAAUGCUUUUUCUAUAAAGUUAAAUUUUCUAUAUGCUCUAGCGAUAUAUUUUUCUUUAAAUCCAAAAGCCCUUAACACGAGUAGCCUUUGUACUGAGAGGGUGGCUUUCAAGAGCGAGGACUGCCCAUCCAACUAAGAGUUCCAGGAUCCAGAUCUGAAGAAAUGCUGGGUUCUCUGGCGUCUGUAUAAUUCCUGGAGGUAGGUGGGCAGCGGGAUGUGGCACUUUGUCCCACCCUAGGGGUCAGUGCAUUUGCAAGACCGCUCAGCCUGCGGCACUGACGUUACCUGUGGGAACGCGGCGGCUGCUCCAUCGGGCAGGGA